AUGGCAGAGAGAGGUGCAAGAGCAGAAGAACUGAAACGAGCACCCAAAGCAAGGAUCCCUGCGGACCCAGUUAUACUUCCUCGCACCCUGGGUGAGCUGCAGUUGUACCGUGUCCUGCAAAGAGCCAACUUGCUUGGUUAUUAUGACACCUUCAUCCAGCAGGGGGGAGAUGAUGUGCAGCAGCUCUGUGAGGCGGGUGAGGAUGAAUUUUUGGAAAUCAUGUCUCUGGUUGGCAUGGCAACCAAACCAUUGCACGUCAGACGAUUACAAAAAGCCUUAAGAGACUGGGCGACCAACCCAGGAUUGUUUAACCAGCCUCAAUUGGGAAGUAUACCUGUCAGCAGCAGUAUACCAUUGUUCAAGAUUUCUGAGACAGUGGGACGAAUUGGCAGAAAUACUAAUGGGCACAUCAAUGUUCCUGAAGUUCAAGGCAAAAGCCCUGGAAAUUUUGUUCUUUUAGAACAAGCUGAGAAAAUAUCCCCUUCCCAGCUGGAUAGGAGACAGUGGACUGCUCAGAUUUCUCCAGAGCUAGAGGAUCCAGAUGAGGAAGACGUUGAGGAAGAAAAUGGAGGUGAUCAAUAUCUCUCACCCGGGGAAAGUCUAGAACCUGAGCUAGUCCAGGUUGUGUCUGAUAGUGUGGACAGGCUGAUGAAAGGACUGCCUCAAGGAGAUAUCAGUGAAGCCAGAUCAAUGCUAAAGUCAAACAAGAAGUUGGGGCGUUCACUUGGACACAUUUUUCUCAUGAGUAAUGGAAGUCAGAAGAAGGAGCGUGAGAUACGCAGACACAGCGCUAUCUAUGGACGAAGUGAAUCCAAGAGACGGGAAGGGAAGAGACUUACAUUGCAUGAGCUUACAAUUAAUGAAGCAGCAGCCCAGUGCUGUAUGAGAGAUAACACCUUACUCCUAAGGAGGGUGGAGCUAUUUUCACUUGCUCGGCAAGCAGCCCGAGAGAGUUCUUAUCUGGCAUCUCUUAAAUGCUCCAGACUGAAUAGUGAAGAACUUGGUGCAUCACAGCCUAAAAUCCUCAAGCAAGAAGCAGUGGAGAUGCCUUUGCAGUUAGAAUCAAAAGGUGGGUCUGUAUCAAUGCGACACGGUCUAGAAGAAGGCAAUGGCUGUAUGUCGGGGGAGAGCAUGGACGGCGCUUUGCAAGCAGUGUCAGUAAGAAUGCCUACAUCUCCCAGUGGCCCUACAGACCUCUCUCUAAACCUGUCACAUCCUGCACCAUGGAGCAGGCAAAUUCUGCAGCAGACUCUAAUGGAUGAGGGUUUACGAUUGGCCAGACUAGUAUCACGUGACCGCAUGGGCCGCCUCAGUCUUUGCUUGCCUGGCACCCCCCAUAUUUCAGAAUGUGAUGAUGGUGGAUCUGAAAGCUGUCCUAGCCUGCCGGUGUCACCCCAGAUCACGGAGCUAAGAACUUCAAACUGCAAAGGCCAGGAUGAAGAGAAUUAAAGAGCUAAGGUUAAUUCUCCUACAUAUUGCAUAGAGGACCAUUUCAAUCAACUUACCUUGAACUGUUCAAAGCCAUUGCAGACAGGGCAGACAUGGUAUAUGAGACAUGAGGUCCAGACAUUAUACUAAUCAAAAACUUGUGUCUUACUUGUGCCACAGAGUUUAGAAACUCAUAGUUAAUGUGAAGUCGAUAGAGCUAAGAAUAAAUAUAGAGUAAUGGUUCUCUUGAAACAGUAAAUUAUUAUGCCAUAUAUCCUCUGCAUCUGUAUUCCAUUGUACAGCCUUGUCACCAUUCCUGCAAUACUAAGAGGAAGAAGAUAAUCAAGCAAUAAACGACUCUCUAAUUGCAAUAUUUCAAUGGAAAUGAGCAGAUGAUGUAAAGGCACUGCUCAAUGUAUUUCCUAAAAUUUCAGGGGAUAACCGUAUUGUUGUUAAAGCUUUAUUUUAUGGAACAGGAAGGCAAUGGAUUAUAACGAAGUCUAGGAAAAUGGCUUGAAAUCUUAUAGGUGUGUUUGAGUGAUUGUGUUUUCAAACUAGGACUUGAUUCACUAAAAAAAGGACUAUAUUAAG